UGCAGCGCUGAGGCCAGAGUGCGCCUGUCGGUCUGGGAAUGAGCGCAACUUUGACGCGCUCCUUUCCACCGCUCUGCUGCGUCUUCCUUUCACGCUCGCGUCACCGGAGGGGCAAACGCUCAGAGACAGCGCCGAGAUGGGCUCUCUGUCGGCCCUGAGGACCGUCCUGGUCCUUGGAAUGGUUACGGGACUGGCAGGAUGCGCCCCCGGUUUGAACGGGACGGCGGACCACUGGGAGACCCUCUAUUCCCGCUCACUGGCACGGAUCCAAGGGGACAAGCGGGAGGAGAUUAACCGGGAAAGCGACUACCUCCUCGGCAUUAAGAGGUUGAGGCGCCUCUACUGCAACGUGGGGAUCGGUUUUCACAUGCAAGUGUUACCGGACGGCAGAAUCACGGGAGUGCAUAACGAAAACCGCUACAGUCUCCUGCAGAUUUCUCCGGUGGAGAGAGGGGUGGUCACCCUGCUGGGGGUUCGCAGCAACCGCUUUGUGGCCAUGAACCACCGAGGGAAGCUCUACGGAUCUUUACACUACAGCAACGAGUGCAAGUUCCGAGAGAAGCUCCUUCCCAACAACUACAACGCCUACGAGUCGCUGGCCUACCCGAGGAUGUUCAUCGGCCUGAGUAAGAACGGGAAAACAAAAAGAGGAAGCAGAGUGUCACCUGCCAUGACGGUCACACACUUCUUGCCAAGAAUCUAGUGGCUGCCUUCGCAGACCAC